AUGCAUCCCACCAGGGGAAAGUGGCGGUCACCACCGGGGAAGGGACAUGCGGUCCUCCCCGGGACCCGUCAGACCGCAGGGCAGCCCCCCAGGGACGGGAGCCCUCGGGGUCCGUGUGCGCCGGAUGGAAAGGCCCGGCCGCCAGGGGGUGACGGCCCGCGUGCUGUGCUUGCAGUGCAUCACCUCUUCGCGGCCACCGCCUGCCAGGAUGUCGACCACGACGCCAUCUUGCAGGAGUUCUGCCUCGCCCCGUUCAAGGUGGACAUGGAAGCCAUCGGGAAGCCGCUCUGGUGCGACUGGGGCAAGACCGUCGAGAGCUAUGGAGAGCUUGCAGACUGCACCAUGCACGUGAUGAAAAAGCUGGACUGCUUCUGGCCAAACGCAGCGGUGAACAAGUUCUUUGUCGCUGUCCACCAGCGCUACUUCAGAAGCUGCCCCGCCUCAGGCCGGGCCCUGCAGGACCCGCCCAGCAGCAUCCUCUGCCCCUUCAUUCUGGUGCCCGUCCUGGUGACCCUGCUCAUGACAGGGCUGGUGGCCUGGAGAAGCAAGCGCACUGAGGGCAUCAUGUAG